AUGGGCGUUAUAUUUUUGCAACAUUUAGGUGGAAAUCCAAUUUUCUCUUGUUAUAACUGUGGAGCCUUCUUAACUAACCAUCAACAACUGAUUAAUAAGAAAUUUACAAGCCAUCUUGGACCCGCUUGGUUGUUUCGAAAAGUUGUUAACGUCUAUCACUCCGUAGUGGCUAAUCGCAAUAUGGUAACAGGAAAGCAUAAAGUGAGGGAUGUAUUUUGCAAAUCGUGUGAUCUUCGUCUUGGAUGGUUUUACGAGUUUGCAUUUAGCAGAUCACAACAAUACAAAGAAGGAUGCACCAUAUUGGAAGUUGAAUUACUUAAAGAGGAACCAGGCUUCGAUGAAAAUAACGAAACCAGUUGA